AUGCUGCGUACGGAAUUGCGGAAAUGUGGGGUUUUCAAAACGCCAAACCUAACAUUCCACAGCUUCCCCAAAGCUGGUCUUCCUUUUUUUGAUAUAACAAAUCAUUUCGGUAUAAGCGAAAAAAUUGAUCGAAAAAGAGCCUGGGAAAGAGCGUUACUAAUAAACAAAAAAUGGUCUACCACAAAUAAGAAGGUGUGCUCUUUACACUUCAAAGUAGAUGACUAUGUACUUUCAGAAGCCGAACGAGAGAACAGAGAGAUUUACCAGGAAAACCUAAAAAAAAAACGAAGCGAAAUAUCCCAACAGCUGGAUAAAGCAAGAACAAAAAACAUGCCAGUCACAACUGAGGAAAGUACAGGUUUACAUGAAACAGAACAUGUUGUGGAAGAAAAUUCCUUAGCUUCAUUUGAGAUACCUCAAAUUAUUGAUGAGCACGAGAGUACCAAUGCUGGUGAUGAAGAUGAGAUGGGUAGAAGUGUGGAAAGUGUAAGUGUGAAUGGUGACGAUAUAAUAUCAAGGAUAAUUACAAAUGAUCAAGAGCUUAGUACUAUGACAGGCAUUCCCAAUUUUGAAGUUUUGCAGACUUUGAUAGAUAUUAUAAAUAUUCAUAAUGUAAGUUAUGCACUGCUGACUGUAAUAUUCAGAUUGUGUUCGGUAGAAAAUUGCAGGAGAACUGUCUUUCGCAUGCUCGAUGUUUUAAGUAGCGGUCUGAAAUUUGUGGUUAAUUGGCCUUCUGAAGUUGAGGUAUCUAAGAAUAUACCGUUAUGUUUUAAAGAAUUCACAGAUGUACGAGUAGUUAUCGAUUGCAUAGAAAUAUUCAUUGAAAAAUCUAAAAACUUGUGCUGUCAAUCAGCUACGUAUUCGAAUUAUAAGUCCGGAUAUACAAUCAAAUUUAUGACCGGUGUCUUUCCAAGAGGUCUAAUUACUUUUAUAGAUACGGCCCCCAUUCCGUCGUAA